UUUCUUUUUAAUUUUCAUAAUACCUCUCUCUUUAUGUAAAAGAACAGUUUGCAUUAUUUUUCCUACAUUCUUCUCUUUCUUGUCUGUUGGGAUUUUGAAACUCAAAGAUCGGAUCGAUAGUUAUCUCUUUUUGGUUUAACAUGGACCUUUUGAACACACACAAGGAGAGUGAUUGAUCUUUGAAAACACGUAUCUUUCUUAGCAUUAUCGAAGUUGUUAAGGAAAGGUAAAGAUGUCGUCUUCGAACUCUCCAUGUGCAGCAUGCAAGUUCUUGAGGCGAAAAUGUACACAAGAGUGUGUGUUUGCUCCUUAUUUUCCACCAGACCAGCCUAAAAAAUUCGCAAGUGUACACAAGGUAUUUGGUGCUAGUAAUGUUGCUAAACUUCUCAAUGAGCUCAAUGCUGCGCAACGUGAAGAUGCUGUGAAUUCGCUUGCCUAUGAAGCUGAGGAACGGCUCCGUGAUCCGGUUUAUGGCUGUGUGGGUCUAAUUUCUAUUCUUCAACAAAGACUAAAGCAACUCCAGAAUGAUCUUUAUAGUGCUAAGAAAGAAUUGGUUAAUUAUGUCGAGGGUCAAGCAAUGCUACCUAUGUUGAUGCAGCCACAACAUUUGGGUAAUCCUUCUUCUUCAACUGUGAUGCAACACAAUGGGAUGCCAAUGAUGGGUAUUCCUUCAGUUGGACAAAUGGGGAUGCGUGCGGAUACUCAUCAACACCAUCAUGCGCAUCCUCAGCAAAUAUACGAGGCUCAACAACUGGCUGCCGUGGUGGCUGCGAGAGAGCAAGAGAUGUUAAGGGCUUACGAGCAACAACAUCAGCAUCAUACACAGGCCCAGCGACAGCAUGAAAUUGUGAGGUUUAAUGGUGGAUUUGAUCCAGCUAACUCAGUUGCUGCUACUGGGUUUAACCAUGUCAAUCCUGCUGCUGCAAUGUCACCUUCUUUGGCUCUAGGAACUUUUGAGAACACUUUUCAGAUUCAACCACAGGGAGAGCCCCAACCCAAUCAGCUUCAGCCAGAACUUUUGCUUCAGCCACAAUCACAGCAACCGCAACAACUCCUUCAGCAUCCAAAAUCUGAAAGUGAGGAGGGUAGAAGUACUGUUGGUCCAUCUUGUUGAAGUUCUUGCAAGACUCUGUACCUUUCUUGCUAGUUUCUUAAGCUCAUAAAUACGGGACGCAAGUGGAUAUAAAGAAAUAUGGGGAGGGAGGGAGGGAGGUCUUAAGGCAGUCAUCUUGUUUUUGUCCCUUAGGGAAGAAGACGACGACUUUAUGGAGAGAUGCGUCUGGGAAGGAAGGAUAGGCCUUGAUUUUCGAGUACAGCUUUUCUUUUAUCUUUCAUUUGGAUUUCGUAGAGAUCAUCCUUUAAUUAAUGUAAAUCAGAAGCAUGAGAAGUCUUUUCAAAGCUUUUGUUUAUCACCCA